AUGACCGUAUAUGGAGAUCUCGGAGACGAAACAACGAUUCCCGACCCUGAUCCUCUUAUACCAAUUGAGUAUGCGUGUGCUCAUUGGGCUCAACAUCUAUGCGAGGGACUCACGCCUACAGCGCAAGAGUUUGAUCAAGUCCACGCCUUUUUGAGAGAACAUUACUUGCACUGGCUGGAAGCUAUGAGUCUGAUCCGAAGCAUGUACGAGAGCAUAGCUUGCAUUCUCAGGCUGAAAACAUUUGAUCCAGAUGGGAAGGCCCUGGCACUGGAUGUUGGCCUGGGAGAUAUACAAGUACGAGACGCUGAGACAGGGGGUUGGCUCAAUGUCAUUGAGACUGAACUGUACUGCUGCUCAUCUUUGGCUACUUCUGGUGGUCAUAUCCUUGCCGCGGCUUCCGGCGGCGACGUCUUCUUGUUUAACAUGUUGACAGGCGAGGAGGUUGGCGAACCAAUUGAGACUCGGGACGUCGCCUUUGCACCCAACGGAUCAGUUCUAGUAACGGGCUCAACGGAAGGAGCUGUACGUUUAUGGGACACGCAAACACGCGAAUGUCAGCGAACACUACAGGCGAACAACCAGAGGGUCUCUGUUGAAUCGGUUGCAUUUUCGUCGACUGGUCUCUACAUUGCAGCCGCCGUUGACAGCGUUAUCAUGGUUUGGGAUGUGAAUACGUCCUCGCACUUGCGGGCAUUAAUCAGCCACAAAGAGACGGUCAAACUAGUUGCGUUUGCUUCCGAUAACUACCACCUUCAGUCUGCAUCUUCAGAUAGUACGGUAAAGACGUGGGAUGUGGCCACCUCAUCAUGUCUCAGGACGACAAACAUUCCCAUGGGGCGAUGGGAAAAGGUGGCCUUUUCAAACAACCUAACCAAGGUUGCUUGCACAUGUUCUUUCAGUCCGAUUCAACUUUGGGAUGCCACAACGGGCUGCCUGCUUGAGACACUGCAGCAAGACGGUGACAUUCAAUCCCUGGCGUUCUCCCCAGACGACGAUUUGCUCAUGUCUGCGACGUAUUUUGAUGGCACCAUAAGCCUUUGGGAUCUUACAAAUAACAUAGAAUCCGAUCUCAAACCGCUUAGCCAAAAGGAUCAACACAUCUGCUCGAUCGCGUUCUCUUCCGAUGGGUCCCACAUUGCAGUGUUAUCGGCUAGCGAUUUGAAGAUUUGGGAUACCAAUACGGGCCAAUGUUUGCAGAAGCUCGACGAAUGGAAGGCAUCUUACAGCGGAGCAUCGGUAAUAUUCGGCAGCAACGGUAUCCUGCUUGCGAAGAAGUCCGAAGGCAAUGGAAAUGUUGCUGAGAUAUGGAACGUUAGUACAGCGACGUGCCUGCAAUCACUCGCUGAUGAAAGGAUCUCUACCAUUAGAGGUCUAGAGUUCUCACCCGACAGCGCCACACUUUCGAUACUGACCGAAGACAUCGUCAGUCUCUGGGACGUUGCUGAAGGCAGUUGCAGAGUAGUUUACAAGAUGCCUGAUCACCGCUACGCGUCUAACGACGUGAAGUCUUCAGAGACAGGAUUUCACCUUUACAACUACGAUUGGGAAGACGGCGAAAGAGCUAUUAGGUGGGAAGGCAAAACAACUGCUGCCCCCAUGGGGAUUGGAGUUGCGCCACUUGAACCACUUCAUAUUCCAGGCUACAGUAUCCAGAACCACCAGACAUGGGUCAAAAAGGAUGGGGAGAAUAUUCUUAGGAUUCCUCCAGAAUAUCGAGCUACUACCUACGCCAUUCGGGGCUCGAUGAUGGCGCUGGGUGAUGACGCAGGCCGCGUUACCAUUCUGCGAUUCACGUAG